AUGCUCUCCACCGUACCCCUCAAUGUGGGACGUAGGCGCGUCUGCGGCUCCGUCUUCUCCCCCGCGGCUCUCGAAGCUCAUCCGUCGAACACGACCGCGGAUUCCCAACGCGAACAGACACCAGUCGCAUCCUUCCGAGAAUCAACCGAUUCCUCGUCAACCUUCAAAACAGACUCGCAAUCAACCUCAUUCGCGACGAUUGGGGGAUUGACGGACGCUGCAUCCCCAGAGGAAGACACAUUAAACCAGGCGCGGCAGACGGUAAAAGAGUUUCUAUCUGUGCCCAACCUGGGCUUUGAAUUGCUUUACAGCUUCCGGAAUACCGAUGGAAGUCAGGCGUUGAAAGAAUGGAACCGGCUCAGCCCUCCGUCGAAGGAGACGACCGAGGCUUUGGAGUAUCUUAUGCGAACCUCUCCAUGGACAUUGUUCGAAUGGUACGGGAAUGAUAUUCGAAGGCAUUUUCUAGUCAAUUUCCGGACUGGCCUGUCUAAGAUGUUAAAUUCCACGGGGGAAGAAGACCUGCUCCGAACAAUCGUGGACUGCUUACAGCUUGCGCGUCAAAUUUAUCUCGCUCCCGUCGUGCACUAUCUACUUCCGUUAAUAGCUACUCACCACCAAGGAGGAGGGCAAUUGGCUCAACUACAGCGUGCCUUUCAUACAGUAGUUCAAUACAGCCUACCAUGGAAGAAGAUUUCACCGCUUCUGGCCAGAGAGCUUACGCGAGAUGCCGCGGUUAUCUUAGGCAUCGAUGCCCUGGACGAAGAUUCCGAUGCGGACAGAAUGAGUCUCGAUGGAACGGAGAUGGAAAGAGCAUACUCUGUCUCGUACAAAGAGUGGAGGCAAGAAUCACCCGAAGCCCAACUACACAUGAUGGUCGAGGGUGAAGAUGACUGUGUGACCUUUACACGGGAUCGGCUCUUGGCGUUUCUCGACGGCUUGCAGCUUGUCGGACUUGGUGGUGACCAGGCCCAGAAGGUGUUCGCCAAUGUGAUGAACAUCAUGAUGGGAGACUUCAUUCGUGCUGCAUAUGCCGGCGAAUGGCAGUCGCCUUCAACUGCGCCACAGCACUUGGAGCAAUGGGUUGAAAAUGUCUAUGCACGGCUCGCUGCGCAGGUUCUAGCCAUCAUCCAUUCUGAUCCCGCUGGAACCCAAUCCGGGGCCAUGGAAGUGAGCUUGAGGGACGUGGAGAAGUGGCGAGCAAUGGGUAUCGCUCGGCUGGGCAAGCUUCGAGUCAGCGAGCUUUUCGACGUGGUUGUUGAUUGGCCCGUAAGCGGCGGGGCGGUGGAGGAUCUGCGACGCUUCACAAACAACUCGUCUGGAGCACGCAUGUAUGUGACGCAUUUCUUUUCUAUUAACUUGCUCCAGCGUUUGUUGCAUCCCGGUGCUUCUACAGUCGAGAUUUUGCAGGUUUACAUCUCAAUCAUUCGAGCAUUCCAUAUUUUGGACCCCAAGGGUGUUCUACUAGAUCGCAUCGCUCGACCGAUCCGGCGGUACUUGAGAGACCGCGAUGACACCGUCAAGGUGAUUGUUAGUGGUCUAUUGGCGGACCCCGCGACAGCCGACGGACCGACAGCUACCGGCGACAACUUGGCAGAACUGGCGGCAGAGCUAAGCAAGGUCCACCAGCAUUCUAUGCAAAACAACAGGAGCGAGCUAGACUAUGACGAUUUAUACUGGUUGCCCGAUCCAGUUGAUGCCGCUCCCGACUACAGGAAAUCGAAGAGUGCAGAUGUCAUUGACAGUCUUGUUAGCUUAUUCGACUCCAAGGAGACCUUUGUGAAGGAAAUGCAGACUCUCCUCGCAGACCGCCUCAUCCAAAAACGCCAGAACUACGACCAAGAAAUUACAGUACUAGAGCUCCUGAAGAUCCGAUUCGGCGAUUCGGCACUACAGGCAUGCGAGGUGAUGCUGAAAGAUAUUUCCGACUCGCGGCGUCUCGACCUCACCGUGCGGAAUGACCAGAUAUUGUCUGGAUAUCGUAAGCAAGCAGGUGUCGGAAAACUCCACGCCAAGGUUCUGUCACGCUUCUUCUGGCCGGAGUUCCAAGAGCAAGAAUUCAAGGUCCCCGACGAAAUCACCAAACUGCAAGAGCGGUACGCGACCUGCUUCGAAAAGCGCAAGGAUUCGCGCAAGCUCAAAUGGCGCAACGGCCUGGGUCAGGUCACCGUCGAGCUAGAGCUAGAGAACCACACUUUCACAGACGAAGUGACAACCUGGCAAGCAACCGUAAUCUAUGCCUUCCAGUCUGACUCGAGCGAACCCGCCACAAGAACAAUUCCGGAACUCGCCGAGGAGCUCGAAAUGACAGUUCCCCUAGUACGCAGUGCCUGUCUCUUCUGGGUUAGCAAGCGCAUUCUCACUGAAGUACACCGCGACACCUUCCGCGUGUUGGAAAUCCUCCCCACGGAAGACGAGGAACACCAUGCGCACGGAACGGGCGACUAUAGCGACGGCUCAGACAGCGAAGCAGGCGACACGGCCAAUGCAGCGGCAGCCGCCGAAGCAGCAGCCGCCGCCGCAGCGAAGGAAUCCACCGAGGCAGCUGCCAUGGAGAAAAUGAAUGUGCAUUGGCAGUUUAUCGUAGGCAUGCUCACGAAUCAAGGGCCUAUGGCUCUGAAUCGUAUUGUCAUGAUGCUGAAGAUAGCUGUUCCUGGCGGGUUCCCGUUCAGCAACGAGGAGUUGCGCGAGUUUUUGAGUGGUAUGGUUUCGAAGGGCAAAUUGGAGAUUGUAAACGGGGGGAAUUAUAAGAUCGUUCAUUAA